GCUCUGUUUUGCUGCUGCUAUUGCUUGGUUUAGUGGAUGAAGGAGAGGAAGGUGCUGCUGCUACUACUUGGUUUAGUGGAUGAAGGAGAGGAAGCUUUGUUUGGUGCUGCUACUCUAUUCGGUGAAGAAGCUGCUGUUGUUCAGUGGCCGACAAGGAAGUUGGGCCGCGAAGGGAUGGAAGAGGCCGCUGAUGGUGGUGGCUGAGAGCAUAUGCAGAUCUGUUCUACUGCUAUCGGUCUGUUCUGUGCUGCUACUUUGUUAAGUGCUGUUGAAAGCUUGAAGCUACUGCUAUUCGGUGGAGUUAAGGAAUGAAGGUAAGCCGUGAAGGGCUGUCGACAAUGGUGGUUGGGGGCAGGGAGGUCGGUGGAGGAAGGAGAUCUACUCUGUUUUGGUUUUCUUUCUAUUUUUUGCACAAUAUUUGUUCUUGGCUGUCGACUGGCUUUCUUUUUUUUUUUCUCAGUUUUGACCCUCUAUUAGGGUUUUUUCUAUCUAAUUUUAAUAGAAAUUUACGGGUUUU